AUGCUUGGAGCUCCUAUUAACAUAAAGAAAUGGAUUGAAGAAAACGGACAUUUGUUACAACCACCGGUGAACAAUUACUGUCUUCACCGUGGUGGAUUUACGGUGAUGUUAGUUGGAGGUCCCAAUGAACGUACAGAUUACCAUGUGAACCAAACUCCCGAAUAUUUCCACCAGUUAAAGGGGAAAAUGUGUUUACGAGUAGUUGAUCCUGAUGUUCCAAUUGGAGAUGAGAGUAGAUUUAAGGACAUCAUUAUUGAAGAAGGUGAUUCAUUUUUAUUACCUGGAAAUGUACCCCAUAAUCCUGUGAGAUUCGCAGAUACUUUAGGACUUGUGGUUGAACAAGACAGACCUACUGGGACCAAUGAUAAGAUCAGAUGGUAUUGUCGUGAAUGUAAAGAUAUCGUACAUGAAGUUGAAUUCUAUUGCCACGAUUUAGGAACUCAAGUUAAAGACGCUAUAGUUGCAUUUGAUGGUGAUAUGGAUGCAAGAACUUGUGAUAAGUGUGGAACAUUGAAUUAUUCCAGACCACAGUAA